GAGGCGGUGCUGGACUUGGAGGCGACACCAUUGCAAUUUCUCAAAGACCUUUACCCAGAGGGUGUUGUCACAACUUCUGGCAAGAGAAAGAUGGAGGACUCAGAGUGGCGAGGCAAGUUGGGCUCGUUUGGCGUCACAGGGGACUUCCAGACGCGAAAAAUGAAAACAAUGUCGGAUGGAAUGAGAACUAGAGUCGUGAUGCUGCUCAUUGCCCUUGUUAAUCCGCAUGUGCUUCUUUUGGAUGAGCCUACCAACCAUUUGGAUAUGCAAUGCAUUGACGCUCUUGCGGGCGCCAUCAACAAGUUUUCCGGUGGAGUGGUAUUGGUCAGCCACGACUUCCGCUUGAUUGGCCAGGUUGCCAAGGAGAUUUGGGUGUGUGACAAAAAGACGGUCACCAAAUGGGAAGGUGAUAUCCAAUCUUACAAGAAGCAUCUGAAGAAAGAGGUCAUGAAGAAGUUCAAAGCAUAAAGGUUUUUUCUUCAAGAAAUCUUGCCACGAGGUAUGCUGAGUAAGGUGCUUGGAGAUUACGAAACUGUUUUCCAGCCUGUUGGGCUCGAAAGUCAGUCCAACUGCGGCUUCUGUACAGACAAGAUGCCCACAGAAAUCUUGAGGUGUCCUUAUCAGACUAAACAUUUUAU